CUUUGGUGUCUACCCGUACCGACUUGAAGAGUAUCAUGUUGGUCGUAAACGUCAUCCUCUUUAUAUCCGCGGUAUGUUCUGCCACGAACAUUGUAAUCUCGAGCGAUACUUCCGUUCCAUCGAUGAUGUCUACCAGAUUGAAACGCGGAAUCGUAGAUCCUGGUCCUGACGCUCGUAAUAACCAGGAACACUAUAGAGGAGCUCAAGGCGCAUCGAGCAUCUCAUCGCUUCAGGAUAUGAACUCAAAGCUAGCGCCUCAUUACGGAACAGCCGAGGCAUUGGACACCCAGAUGCUUACCCACGCUAACCAGAAUCAGAGAUCUGCUUCUCACGCCUAUGGCAGUGUGCCAAAGCGGCAGUUUUCUCCUAUUCAGCCGACCGAAUCGUAUCAGAAUAGCCCGCUCGCUUCGUACUUCAACCUAUUGAAUAAUCCGAAUACGUAUAAAGCCGCGACGGGCGUCGAGAAGCCGGCGGAUACGUCGAAAUCGGUCGCGUCGCAUUCGCUGGAAAAACUAGAGGAUGCAUAUUUGCCCAGCUACAAUGCCUUCCACCCGCACAAGUCGAUCGAAUUGUCCGGUUUCUCCGAUUUUGAGUACCCCUCGUAUUCUGGUAUCAGUAAAAUCAUCUCCCAGGGCCUUCAUAAUGGCGCCCCGACCGCUGCCGUGCAGAUUCCGGGCGAUUAUCCUCUUCCGAAAGCUACCGAGUACGCGCAUAUUUACGCGGCGAGUGUUCUUCCGACGGUGUCAAGCGCCACUCCGCUGUUUCAAUCGUCGAACAAGGUGAAACAGACCUCCGAGCAGAAGGACAAAGCUACCGUGGAUGCGAACGGUAAGAAGGUUCCGAUCAUUCAGCUUCAGAGCGCUCCUGGGCUUUCCGGCGUUUUCCCCGUCUUCGGAAGCCAGCCGUUUCUAUUAAACGCGGACUACCCGAUCGAAUCGGACUUUGGAUUUAACUUUGGAGACAUGCCAAAAGCCAAUGUGGCACUUCAAUCGAAAAACGCCUCGCCGUUCUUGUCGCCCCUGUCGAGCUUCCAAGGUCAAGUUGUGCCGAUACAGACGGCUAGCAGCACUCCGCAAUUUCCGCAGUACAAAGGAGCCAGCAUAGAAGUUUAUCAUGUACCGAAUAAUGUUCCUAAAGUGCAAGGUAGUUACGAGUCCCUUUACAGUCAACCGCAAUUGCACUUUGGAAAGGAACAUGCUGGUCAAGCUGUUAAUCCCCAACCAAACGUCGUUCCUUCUUCCAUUUCGUCGGAGGACAUCCUGGAUGACGCAGAGAUUAUCAAUAAGAAAAAUCCAGAGCCUCACCCUGUCCAACCCGAGGACGAGGAGGAGGAGGAGGGCGUGAAAGAUAUGAGAUAUCAAAACUCUGAGAAGGAGGAUGAGAGCAGUGCCGAAGAGGACGACGUCGAACACGUGUCAGGAAAGUAUUUCAAGGAACCGUCGACGACGGAAAGCGACUUUAAGCCGUCGAUAAAUUUCCCCUUUAAAGAAUACGACGAGACAUUUAGAAAGCACGCAUCGCAAACCGACGACGAGGAUUCCGAGGAUAAGCCGUAUUCCGGCAACAAGAAUUCCUCAUCGGGCGAUGACGCGGAGGAGGAAGACUCGUCGUCAGAAUAUCACGUUGAAUCUCCACAAUUGUAUAGGCCGUACGAAGUGGAGGACAAAGAGGAGGAAGAAAGUCAGAAGUACGAGAAACGUGAGGAAGCCGACGAGGACUCUUACGAGGUGAAACCCAAGCAAUCCAAAUCUUACGGGGCAGAUUUCGAGCGAGAAUUUGAAGAAUCCUACAGAGAGGAACUACCGAAAGAAGAAUAUGUGCAUGUGAAGGAAGUACCGGAAAUAGACAGUUACAACAAUCCAAUACCUUUUAAACGGCAAAAUGACGCUCGAGGUGACGUAAAUGUCAAACAAGCUGAAGAGUCCAAGAUUCAAGAAUCGCGUGUGUUUCGUAAAAAUCGGAAAAUACCAAAAACCGUUUCGAGAGACAACGCGGCUUACGGCUCAGACGUCUCCGCUAAAAAGGCGAGCAAAGUGAUCUACGAAGAAUUCUACGGGCAAAAGUAUCCCAAAACCGGAAAAUACUCUAAACGCGCGAAAACCGAGCCUGCGGUCGAGAAAUAUUUGCCCGCCAAGAAAUCAACCGCGCACAAGGAAGACAGUUAUCUCCGUGCUGUCAAGUAUUACAAAUUUAAAAGCCCCAAGACAGACGGGCUCACCUCACCUAAGAAUAAAUAUCCGCACUUGUAUUCUUCCGCGAGCAACUGGAGCCCGAGUAAAUUCUCAACCGCGGGAACGGCCUCUGUAUCGAAUGCGAGACAAUUGGCAGAUUCUGCAGACGGGGCUCGUUUAUAUAGACCGAGUGCAGUGAACGGACAAAUACGCUCCAUCACGAACGCAGAAAUCCUUCGUGAUUUGACGGGAAUUUAAGCGACGACAUAACCAAACGUUAGGUUACGAAACAACAUAUAUCCUUAGGUCGAAAUUUUUAACAACGUUUGAAGAUAUCGCAUAAGGGAAGCCUCAAAAGUUCUAAAUGUGGCUUAGAAGUGCAUUUUUUAUGGAUGUUCAUUGGUUGAUGUGUAGCUACGUUACGUUUUUAUUUUUACAAACGAAGUUAACGACUUUACUUAGAAUUUUUUAGAAUAAUAACAAAAUAUAUAUGUUUAAUAUC